AUGAAUGCACAAGAAAUUAAAGGAGUUAUCUUCUUUCUAACUACAGUCAUAGGCAUCUUUGGAAAUGCAAUCAUUCUUGUGUUUAUGAUAUACAUUGCUCUUCAAGAGAAAAAAAUGAUGCACUCUGAGGUAAUACUGUCUAGCCUAGCAUGCUCAAACCUUAUCCAUCUUUUAACGGUAGGACUUCCGCAUUCUCUUUACCCAUUUGGCAUAAUAUAUUUUUACACAGACCUUGACUGUAAAUCUGAUGUGUAUUUAAUGAGGGUAUCUAGAGUUAUGAUCAUUGGUUUAACCUGCUUGCUCAGUUGUUUUCAGUGUGUAACUCUGGCUUCCUUAAACCCACAGUGGGCAACAUUAAAACUCAAGAUGCAAAAAUAUCUAAUCCUUUUAAUCCUAAUUGUCUGUUUAAUAAGCUUGGCGUCCAGUAUAAAUUCAGCCCUAUAUCCAGUUACAGGAAGGAAUGCAACAAAUUUAAAAUACACUUUUAAUCUGGGAUACUGCCUUUCAAUUUAUCCAGAUAAGCUUGUAUUUGAAUUGACUGGUUUUAUUUCAUUUGCUCGUGAUGUAGCAUUUGUUGUUCUCAUGGCUCUUGCUAGUGCCCACAUUCUUCUAAUCUUACACAGGCAUGGAAAGCAGAUGAAAGGAAAGAGGAGUUCAGAUCGGAGUCAAGAAGCCGGAGUUGAGCAGCAGGCAUCCAAGAUGGUGGUAGCUUUUGUUGUAACAUAUGUGUCACUCUUUGGAAUAGAAAAUACCAUUUGGUUUUAUCAGAUCUCAGUUUCAAAGCAAGGUGAUCCUUCCUAUAAUGAUUCCCGUUAUUUCUUAUCAUUUUGUUUUUCCUCACUUUUUCCAAUAAUUCUAGCUGCUUAUAAUCAAAAACUGAGACACAGAAUAAUAUGCUACAAAUGCUAA